AUGUCUGUCACUCAAAUUUUGCUAGCCAUCCUGCUCGCCCUGCUCGGCUACAUUGCCUACUGGUUGCGGCAACGCUUCAUGUAUUGGGAGGUGCGUGGCAUUGCCUACGAGAAGCCACAUUAUUUGUUGGGUAAUUUAGAUGGCAUUCACACGAAACGCUCAUUUCUGGAAGUUUGGUUGACCACCUAUAAGAAAUUUAAGGACACCGGCCCAUUUUGCGGCUUCUUUUGGUUUCAGCGUCCCGCAGCCUUUAUACUCGAUACAAAGUUGGCCAAAGCUAUCCUAAUUAAAGACUUCAACAAUUUUGUUGAUCGCGGUUUUUAUACAAAUCCCGAGGAUGAUCCACUUACCGGCCAACUUUUCCUAUUGGAUGGCCAUAGAUGGCGUACUAUGCGCAAUAAGCUAUCACCCACAUUCACGUCUGGAAAAAUGAAGUACAUGUUUCCAACUGUGUUAAGAGUGGGCGAAGAGUUUGUGCGUGUUGUGGCCGCAGACAUAGAGAAGGAUGCGGUGCUGGAGAUACGAGACUACUUGGCGCGUUUCACUACUGACGUCAUAGGCACUUGCGCCUUCGGCAUUGAGGUGAAUAGUUUAAAAAAUCCCAGUGAUGAGUUUCGUGUAAUGGGUAAACGCGUAUUCACUGAUCUCCGUUACGGGCGCAUUGGUCUGGCUUUAAUCCAAAGCUUCCCUAAAAUGUGCCAAAGAUUGCAUAUCAAGAGUACCCCUGACCACAUAACCGACUUCUACAUGGGCCUCGUGCGCGAAAAUAUUGAAUACCGCGAGAAAAAUAAUAUCAGGCGCAAUGAUUUCUUCGAUAUGUUGUUGGAUUUGAAGAACAACAAGAUGCUUAAAACGGAGGACGGUCAGAUGAUGACGAAUAUAACCGUUGAGGAGAUAACUGCGCAAGCAUUCGUUUUCUUGGUGGCCGGUUUUGAGACCUCGUCGACAACAAUGAGCUUCGCGCUGUACGAGUUGGCCCAACACGAGGACAUACAACAGCGCGUGCGCGAUGAGAUUACAGCGGCUUUGGAGCAUCACAAUGGUGAAUUCACCUACGAUUGCAUGAGGGAAAUGACAUACUUAAACCAGGUGAUUUCGGAGACGCUUCGCCUGUACACUGUGCUACCUGUGCUGAACCGUGAGUGCAUGGAGGAGUAUGCGGUGCCUGGCAACCCCAAAUAUGUCAUCGCAAAGGGCAUGCAGGUGGUUAUACCGGCCGCCGCAUAUCAUCGUGACCCAGAGCUGUAUCCCAACCCGAAUUCUUUCGACCCGGACAACUUCUCUCCCGAAAAGGUGGCUCACCGCGACGGUGUUGAGUGGUUGCCGUUUGGCGAGGGGCCACGCAAUUGCAUUGGCAUGCGUUUUGGACAAAUGCAAGCACGUAUUGGGUUAGCUUUGUUGUUGAAGAACUUUAAAUUUUCCGUGGACGGAAAAACUCCGAUUCCGAUGACCUACGACAAAGUCAACUUCUUAGUACAAUCCGAGCAUGGAAUUUGUUUAUAUGUUGAGAAAAUUUGA